AUGACCAUGAACAGGCUGCUUCUCGCCGCACUCCCUCUCGCGUCGUCGCUGCUCCUGGCGAGCGCACAGCAGACCUGCAACACCACCUCCCCUUGCGGCUCCGAAGCGCCAUGCUGCUCGUCUUUCGGCUUCUGCGGUACUGGCGACUUCUGUAUGGGUGGAUGCAAUCCUCUUGCGUCUAAUGCCCUCGACUCAUGCGCACCCGCCCCGCUCUGUGUCAGCGCAACGCACAGUUUUGCCGACAACUCUCGGAUCUUCUCCAACGCCUCUCUAUUCGAUGGCAACGCAAGCGCAUAUGACUGGGUGGUCAAUUCUGGCAACAUCAUGAACACGAACACUUCCGGUGGCGAGCUCGCUUUGUUGUUGACGGAAGACAACGGUGGCACGCGUGUCAGCACGACGCGCUAUGUGCACUACGGAACCAUCACUGCUACGAUGAAGGCUAGCAAGUGGCAGGGCGUCGUUACUGCUUUCAUUACUAUGUCUGGCAUCAAGGACGAGAUCGACUGGGAAUGGCCCGGUGCCAACACCACCGCCGCGCAGACGAACAUGUUCUGGCAAGGCGACAUCCCCGAUGUGACGAUUGGAACCUCCGAGGGCCCUAUCAACUCUACAUUCGACUCUUACCACGACUACACCAUCGACUGGAAGCCCGACACGCUGACCUGGUCCAUCGACGGCCAGGUUGUCCGCACGAUCAACAAGAAGGACACCAUGGACGACCAGGGUGUUGCUCACUACCCUUCCACGCCUUCCCUCGUUGAGCUCAGUAUCUGGCCCGCUGGUAUCUCCUCACAGCCGAACGGCACGAUUGAGUGGGCUGGUGGCCUGAUCAACUGGGAUGACAGCGACUACCAAGCUGCCGGCCACUUCUACACCCUCAUCAAGUCGGUCUCGAUCCAGUGUGCUGACCCUGAUGCCGCAAACUCGACCGACACUAGCUAUGCAUACACCACCAACACCAGCACCAACACGCCUGGUGUCACGUACUCUACGGCCGACAUUGUUGUCAACGGCGCGAUGGGCUUCAUCAGCGGACGCGCGGCAGUACUUGCCGGAUUGUUGGCGGCAUUUGGCGUUGCGCUCGUGCUGUGA